AUGGGAGCAGUGCUGGACGGCCACGCGGAGGUGCCGAAGGGAACCGGGCGGAGAAACUACGACAGCGCUUGUGCGGCGGCUGGGCAGCUCGGCCUGAUGUCGCUUUACGAGACUCUGUUCGCGCAGUGCGAUGUGGCGACGAGCCAGCUGCUGGUGACUGAGUUCGACUUCCGCACGCCGGAGAGGCGUCGCCACCUCCGGUACACCACCUCCACCAUGCUCAAGCUCGGCGUCGUUCCCAUCCUCAACGAGAACGAUGCUGUUUCGGGAAACGAGGGGUACGAGGCCGACGGCAUGUUCAGCGACAACGAUGGUCUGGCCGCGCUGGUGGCGGAACAGAUGAACGCGAAGAUGCUUAUCCUGCUGACGGAUGUGGAGGGCGUCUACAAUAAGCACCCCGACGAGGAAGGGGCAAAGAUCUUCCACACUUUCGACCCCAACCGGCACGAGCUCAUGAUCGGCGAGAAGAGCGCUGGCGGUCGCGGGGGCAUGGGCGCCAAGAUCCGAGCCGCCUCUCGCGCCGUGUCUGGGGGGGUCCCCUCGGUUGUGAUCGCUAGCGGCCUCAACCCCUACUCCAUAGAAAGGAUCGUCUGUGGCGAGAGGGUGGGCACCAUGUUCUGCGCCAACCCGGGUCUGUACGAAGACAGCGACGACGAGGAAGACGCCGACGAUAUGAUCGUCAGGCAGGCGGAGAUGGCCAGGGUAGGCGGGAGGGCACUCUGCGCGUUGGACAGUGAGGAGAGAGCUGGCAUCCUUCGGAAAGUGGCCGAGGCCCUGCUGGCCAAAUCUCCGGAGAUCACGGUGGCCAACGAGAGGGACAUCAAGGCCGCUAAGGCCAACAACAUCGCCCCCGCCCUCCUCAACCGCCUGAAGCUUACCAAGGACAAGAUCAAGGUGCUGGCGGAGGGCAUAACGUCCUUAGCGGACGGAGAGGAACCCCUGUCGAAGUGCAACAGCCGCCUGGAGGUUCAGGAGGGCCUUGUCCUCAAGCAGAUUACAUCCCCGAUCGGAGUGCUGCUGAUCGUGUUCGAGUCGAGGCCGGACUCCCUCCCCCAGAUCGCCUCCCUCGCGAUACGGUCGGGCAACGGCCUGCUGCUCAAGGGGGGCAAGGAGGCCGAGCACUCGAACGCAUGCUUGCAUAGGAUCAUCGUGGACGCGGUUGCCGAGGGGUCGAAAGGCAGGGUCCCCAGGGACUGCAUCGGUCUGGUCACGUCUAGGGCCGCGGUGGGAGAGCUGCUCAAGCUCGACCACCUGAUCGAUCUCGUCAUACCGAGGGGAUCGGGGUCCCUGGUGAACCACAUCAAGGUGAACUACCCUUCGGCGUGCAAUGCGGCGGAGACUAUCCUGAUCCACAAGGCUCUCUUGGAAGAAGGGGCUGGAACUUGCUCUCAGGUCGUUAGAGCUCUCCACUCUGCCGGCGUGACCGUGUUGGGCGGUCCCAGGGCGGUAGACCUCGGCGUGGUGGGAGGGGACAAGAUAUCCCCGGGUUUCAAGACGGAAUACGGUGACUUGACAGUAUCGCUGGAGAUCGUCGACAGCGUGGAGGCUGCCCUGGAUCACAUCCAAAGGUUCGGGUCUAGCCACACGGAGACCAUCGUGACGGAGGACCAGGACGUGGCCAAGAUGUUCCUCGAGACCGUGGACAGCGCGUGCGUUUUCCACAACGCCUCCACACGCUUCUCGGACGGAUACCGCUUCGGACUUGGGGCAGAGGUUGGCGUGUCCACGGGCCGAAUUCACGCCAGGGGCCCCGUGGGUGUGGAAGGCCUUCUCACCACCAAGUGGGUCCUCAGGUCUCACGGUGAGACGGCCCACACGGUCGGCAAGAAGGACCCGUACUCGCUCAAGCCCAUGGACCUCGAGGCUGGGGCGUGGUAAUCAAUAAGAGGGGCCCCCGUCGUUUAUGUUGAAGAGUAAGGAGGCGUUUCAAUUUUUUUUUUUUCACUCUCGUCUGUGCAACGCAUGACGAUAGUUAAUGCCUGUAGCUGCCGCCGCGGUGGGACUGAAACCGAAGUGACCGUUUUAUUUUUGUCUGUGCAACGCAUGAUGAUAGUUUAUGCCUGUAGCUGCCGCCGCGGUGUGCGACUGAAACCGGAGUGACCGUUUGAUUUUUGCACGAGUGUUUUUUUUUUGCGGGGGGGGGAAGGGGGUGCUUGAGCAUUUUUGGGAGGGGCAGGAGCUCGAGCGCGCAAAUAUUUCUCGUAGACAUUUCUGAGCAUGGUGUACUCAACCGAGUACCUACGUGCUCGGGUGGUAAAGCGACAGAUGUAAUAUUUUGAAGUUGUUUUGUUGGUGUUGAAAGACAUCUCUACGUAGAUGGAUGCAGCUUGGUCUUCUUGGUCAAGAGACUCCCGAUCAAAGUGCACGGCAGGAAAGAGAAAGCGGACAAGUAUUAUACUGCGGAGUAGUUGUCUAGAGAGGAGGAGUACACAGGCCGAAAAUCCAAGUUCCAAAUAGGACGCCUCCAUACCUUUCCAUUUCGAAACUGAUGCGUUGAGGAUUUUGAUGUGCUAACCCGUACAGGUGUUGUUGACGUCUUUUUGGCGAAAAUUACCGUAGGAUUUCAAACUUUCCCUCCUCUUGUCAAUGUGUCCGUCGUACUCGUAUUUGUCAUGUUCGUAGUUCCAGGGGCGCCCCGGUCCUCAUGUUAUUCUGAUAGCGCACCGCCACUAGAACCUGUUCUUUUACGCAGCCCUCGCUGCUUAAUUUGAUGUGGUAAGUGGGUAGACCAGCUGGGAAUAUAUAGGUUUUAGUCUGGGAAGGGUUAAUUGCAUGUUCUCAUGUUUCGUAUCCUCGAUUUCUUACACCACCAGGCGGUGUGUUUUUUGCAAUGGUGCGCGCUGUCUAUGCGUUCUUCGCAUGCAGUUUUUCGUCCGCAGUUUUUGCCCCGCGCGUGCGUGAAUGUGUGAGAGGGUUAGAGUGCCGUGUGUAGGAGGUGCCUUUGCUCCAAAGAAAGGUGUCAAAACCCUUGUUGUCGACUUGCCAGCAUAAAAAUGCCCCCACACAGUUGCUGCAGCAGAUGGGCGUUGAAGAGGACUCAUGGCGGCUAUUCCACGUGCUUGGUGCGUUGAGCCUUAUUAUGUUCAUCUGCCUGCGUUGAACGGGGGCGCCUGGCGGCUGUUCCACGUGCUUGGUGCGUU